GGCAGCGCGCUCGGGGAUGGAGCGGGUCGGAGCGGGUCGAAGCGGGUCGGACUGGAUGGGAACGGAUCGGAACGCCGCUGCCUCGCCUCUCCACGGAACCCUGGGCGCUGAGUGACGGAUGACCCCAGCUCGCUUCUCCAGGACCCUCUGCUUUCCGCUGCGAUCCGCUGACUGAAACGUCGGCACCAUGGUCUAUCCGAAUGCGACCGUCUCGGCCAAUCACAGCUCGGAGCCCGAGAACUUCUACCGGCCGUUCUCGGUGUUCAGCGUCCUGACCCUCACCCUGCUGGCCAUGUUGGUCGUCGCCACGUUCGUGUGGAACGUGCUGGUGCUGGUGACCAUCCUGCGCGUGCGGACGUUCCACCGCGUGCCGCACAACCUGGUGGCCUCCAUGGCCGUGUCGGACGUGAUGGUGGCCGCGCUGGUCAUGCCCCUCAGCCUGGUUCACGAGCUGAACGGCCGGCGCUGGGCUCUGGGCCGGGUGCUCUGCCACGUGUGGGUCUCCUUCGACGUGCUCUGCUGCACGGCCAGCAUCUGGAACGUGACGGCCAUCGCUCUGGACCGCUACUGGUCCAUAACCCGGCACUUGGAGUACACCCUGAAGACCAGGAAGAGGAUCUCAAACUUGAUGAUCGCCCUCACCUGGCUGCUGUCGGCAGUCAUUUCGCUGUCGCCGCUCUUCGGCUGGGGGGAGACGUACUCCGAGAACCUCAUGGAGUGCCAGGUCAGCCAAGAACCUUCCUACACCAUCUUCUCCACCUUCGGCGCCUUCUACCUGCCCCUCUGCGUGGUGCUUUUUGUCUACUGGAAGAUCUACAAGGCGGCCAAGUUCCGCAUCGGGUCUCGGAAAACGAACACCAUCACGCCCAUGGCCGAAGUUAUCGAGGUGAAGGAGGCCGCCCGGCAACCCCAGAUGGUGUUCACGGUCCGGCACGCCGCGGUCACCUUCCAGACUGACGGGGAUACGUGGCGUGAGCAGAAAGAGCGGCGGGCGGCGCUCAUGGUGGGCAUUCUCAUCGGCGUCUUUGUGCUCUGCUGGAUCCCCUUCUUCAUCACGGAGCUCAUCCAGCCGCUGUGCAACUGCGAUGUGCCGCCGCUCUGGAAGAGCAUCUUCCUGUGGCUCGGCUACUCCAACUCCUUCUUCAACCCCCUCAUCUACACGGCCUUCAACAAGAACUACAACAACGCCUUCAGGAAUCUCUUCUCUCGCCAGCGCUGAGCGGCCCGAACAGGGCACACGCCUUCAUCCCCAAACACACACACACACCACCUGACAUCUUUAACGCCACCCCUCGAGAGAGAGAAACAAACACACGCUAUGCCAGGGGUCGGGAAUAUUUCCAUCCCUGCUUGGUGAUAAUCCAGCACCUCCGUGUGUCCCAGUUGACUGACAGUCAUUUUUAUCUGAAACUUUUUCCUCCAUUUGUGAGAUGACAUCAUCAUCAUCAUCAUCAUCACUACAUUGAGCCAGUGCAGUUGCAGAUUUCGACAAAGGGUUUCUUCUGUUUUUCGUGUUGAACGGCUGGGUGUUCAUGAAAUGCAUGUAAAUAAUGCAGCGGGCAACAGGUUAUAAGUCAUGUGCAGUUUGCCGGUGCAUAAAAAUAUGCAAAUGAACGUAAGGAAAGUACGUUAAUAAAGCGGAUGGCUCGGACCCUGUUGUCGCUGAGUCGUUCAGGCUGUUUGGGAGGGUCUUGCCCUGCUGCGCACAUCCUCUUGCUCGCUCUGCUAUGCCUGCCGCUGCCUCACCAAUUAGCCAGUUAUCCACCCCCUUCCCAUCAGAGCCCCAUUCCUCCCACACACACACACACACACACACAUA